CAGUUUAUUACUAGAUGUCAAAAAGACAGUUGACGUAUAUUGCCCAUCCUGUUAUGAGAUGUUAUCGUUCUUUGAUGUGAAGGCGCCAUGGCCGCCGAACAGGAGCAAUUUUACCAAAUCUUAACAACACUUUUAUCUACGGAUAACGUGAUUCGAACUCAGGCUGAGGAUGCUUAUUCCAAUUUACCAGUCGAAACAAAAGUAAGUCAUCUGUUGGGAGCUAUCCACAACACCAGUUUGAGCCAUGAAGCUCGCCAGAUGUCUGCCGUGUUGCUGCGUAGGGUGUUUUCCAACGAUUUCAUGGAAUUCUAUCCAAAACUACCAGUUGAAAGUCAAAAUCAGUUAAAAGAACAAGUUCUCUUGGCUGUACAACAAGUUGAGACUGAACAAUUAAGGCAUAAGGUAUGUGAAGUAGUAGCCGAAGUUGCAAGAAAUUUGAUCGAUGAUGAUGGAAACAAUCAGUGGCCAGAAUUUUUACAGUUCCUUUUCCAUUGUGCCAAUGACCAAAAUCCGGUUCUAAAGGAGGCUGCUCUUCAGAUGUUUACGAGUGUUCCUGGUGUGUUUGGUAGCCAGCAAAAUAACUACUUGGACUUAAUCAAGCAAAUGAUAUUGCAAAGCUUGCAGCCUACCGAAGAAUAUGAAGUACGGUUUCAAGCUGUUAGGGCCGUAGGUGCCUUCAUGCUAAUCAAUGACAAAGAAACGCAGAUUCUAAAACACUUCGCCGAUCUGUUAACUCCGAUGUUGCAUGUUAUUGCGGAGAGUAUUCAGCAACAAGAAGACGACACUUUGUUAAAAGUUUUAAUCGAUUUAGCUGAAAAUGUUCCCAAAUUUUUAAGGCCACAACUGCUGCCUAUUUACGAGAUGUGUAUGAAGAUCUUCAGUGACUCUGGAGCACUAGACAGUUGGAGACAGCUUGCAUUGGAGGUUAUGGUUACUCUAGCAGAAAUGGCACCAGCAAUGGUUCGUAAGAAUGCAGCUAAAUACAUGGAACAACUUAUUCCUCUAAUUUUACAAUUUAUGGCGGACCUUGAAGAAGAAUCUGGAUGGGCCGAGUCAGAUGAACUUUUGGACGAAGACAAUGAUUGUAAUAACGUAGUUGCAGAGGCUGCGUUAGAUCGUCUAGCUUGUGGAUUAGGGGGUAAAAUCAUUCUUCCUCUCGUUACACAAAGUGUUCCCAGUAUGUUGGCAAGUCCAGAUUGGAAGCAAAGACAUGCUGCCCUUAUGGCUCUAAGUGCUGUUGGAGAAGGUUGUCACAAACAAAUGGAGGGUAUGCUUCAACAAAUCAUGAAUGGAGUUCCUGGUGUAAUGGAUGGUGUUAUACGAUAUCUACAAGAUCCACAUCCAAGAGUGAGAUAUGCGGCUUGUAAUGCCGUAGGUCAAAUGGCGACUGAUUUUGCACCAGUUUUCGAAAAGAAAUUCCACAAUCAAGUAGUUCCAGGUUUGCUUAUGUUACUGGAUGAUAAUGCCAAUCCUCGAGUCCAGGCUCAUGCUGGUGCUGCUUUGGUAAAUUUCGCUGAAGAUUGCCCCAAACAUAUACUGAACGGAUACUUAGAACCACUGAUGAGUAAACUAGAAGGAAUUCUAACUGCAAAGUUCAAAGAGUUGGUAGAAAAGGGCACGAAAUUGGUAUUGGAACAGGUUGUGACAACAAUAGCUAGUGUUGCAGAUACAGCUGAAACUGAAUUUAUAGCUUAUUAUGACCGCUUAAUGCCAUGCUUAAAAUAUAUUAUCCAAAAUGCUAACAAAGAUGAGCUUAAAUUACUCAGAGGUAAAGCUAUUGAAUGUGUUACAUUAAUUGGUAUGGCAGUUGGAUCCGAAAAAUUCAGCAUAGAUGCAACCGAAGUUAUGGAUAUGUUAUUGAAGACACAUGGAGAUGGAGCUGAAUUACCCGACGACGAUCCCCAAACUAGUUAUCUUAUUUCCGCUUGGUCUAGAAUAUGUAAAGUUCUUGGUAAGAAUUUCGAACAAUAUUUGCCUUUAGUAAUGGGACCAGUAAUAAGAACGGCAGCUAUGAAACCUGAUGUUGCCCUUUUAGACAACGACGAUAUGCAAGGAGUAGAAGGUGAUGACGAUUGGCAAUUUGUAUCCUUAGGAGAACAGAAGAACUUCGGAAUUCGCACGGCAGGUCUUGAAGACAAAGCUGCUGCCUGUAGUAUGCUCGUUUGCUAUGCACGUGAGCUAAAAGAAAGUUUCUCAAAUUAUGCUGAAGAAGUCGUCAAACUUAUGGUACCAAUGCUCAAAUUCUACUUCCACGACGGCGUUAGAAAUGCUGCCGCAGAAUCUCUACCAUGGCUAUUGGAAUGUGCAACAAAUAAAGGACCAGCCUUCUUAGGCGGCAUGUGGAGUUUUAUAUGCCCAGAACUGCUCAAAGCCAUCGACACCGAACCCGAAAGUGAAGUUUUAAUGGUUAUGUUAGACUCAUUGUCGCGGUGUAUUCAAAAAUUAGGACCGAGUUAUAUUGAUCAAGAAUCCAUGACUGAAAUUUUGAGGAUAAUUGACAAAUUAAUGAAAGAACAUUUUGAACGAGCCAAUGAUAGACAUAAGAAACAUUUAGACGAAGAUUAUGAUGAGGAAGUACAAGAGCAAUUGGAAGAUGAAGAAUCAGACGAUAUAUAUGUACUCAGCAAAAUAGCUGAUGUUAUUCACUCCCUAUUUCUAGUAUACAGAGAAAGCUUCCUGCCGUUGUUUGAUCAGAUUUGUAGUCACUUUGUUAAUCUCUUAACCCCAAAUCGCAGCUGGGCAGAUAGGCAAUGGGGAAUAUGCGUAUUUGACGACGUCAUAGAAUUCACGGGUCCAGCAUGCUCAAAAUACCAAGGCUAUUUCCUUCAACCUCUGGCCUUAUAUAUGAAGGACAAAACCACCGAAGUCAGACAAGCAGUGGCUUACGGAUGGGGAGUGCUAGCGCAGUUUGGGGGUGAACAGUUUGCAGGAGAAUUAGCUAAAGCUGUACCCAUGUUAGUCGAAGUUAUAAACGAACCUGAAUCGAAAGACCCUAGAAAUAUUAACGCUACGGAGAAUGCUAUAUCGGCUGUUACUAAAAUUAUGAAGUAUAAUAACUCACAGAUUAACCUUGAUGAAAUUAUUCCACUGUGGUUCUCGUGGUUGCCAGUUAUAGAAGAUGUAGACGAAUCGCCUCAUAUUUAUGGGUAUAUGUGCGAUUUAAUAGAGCAGAAUAAUCAACACAUUUUAGGCGUAAAUAAUUCCAAUAUACCAAGGAUAAUCAGCAUAAUUGCAGAGGCAUUCUUCAGGGAGGCUAUGGAACCAUCCAAACCUGAAGGCUUUAGAAUGGUAAACAUCGUUAGGCAAGUUCAAUCAAACGAAUCGUUUUUCCAAAGCGUGGUCCAAUCUCUGGCUCCAGAACUGCAGCAAGCUUUACACGUGGCCCUACAUACAACAGCAGCAGCGACAUCUUAGCUGGGAAUAUAAAUUUAAGUUAUUGUUUUUAACAUUCAUUUGAUUAAUUCAGAGUUGAAAUAAAACAUUAUGAACUGUUAUCGGACAGUUCUAAAGAAAUUUGCAUCCAUAAACGACAUUUAGACUUUUGUCGCUUAUUACUUUUGGUAAUCGAAAAAUGUUGGCGAUUCAUGGCAUUGUUUGUGGUUAACACCUUCUCUGCGUUUAGAGAUAUUUAUAAACUUGCGUGAACUGCGUUACGACCCACAUAUGUUUAACAAAGCCAUUUAAAGGCUGCUUGAUUCGAAAAUUAAAGAUAUUGUUACGACAGUUCUGUAGAUUGAUCCUACAUAAAAGAAAAAGUUCCUUAAAAUGGGUUGGUAGGUUUAUUUGAAGAUACCAAUUUAUGCGCUAUUCACGCUAAGAGAGUCGCCAUUAUGCCUAAGAACAUCCAGCUGGCUAGAAGAAUCAGAGGAGAAAGGGCAUAAACAAAUAAAAUACAUAUUAAAAAUGUAAUAUAAGAAAUUAAUCUUGAAAGACAAGAAAGGUACACCUUUUGCAAGAUGCUGGCUAGAAGAAUCGGAGGAGAAAGGGCAUAAACAAAUAAAAUAAGGUACACCUUUUGCAAGAUCAGAUAAUUUUCGACAUAUUGUCUACGCAGCCAACCCUUAGUGUAAUACGAGGUCUAUAUGUCUCAUAACGCAGCGAAGGUGUUGAUUUCAUAUAAACAUGACAAUGUUUUUUAUUAAACUGUACCUUUUGUUUUCUUUUGUGAUUUUCCUUAAGUGUUUUAACCUAAGUCUAAUUAUCUAAAAGGGAUGCACAUUGUUUUAGAAUAUCCAUAUAUAAAUUAUUUUUAUAUUUGUGAGUUAUUGAUAGAUAAAUCUCGUCAUGUGUAGUGGUUACAUAGAAAUUUUUUACGAAACUUUUUUAUAAUUACCUAAUCACAGGUAUUUGUUUUAUGGAUUCAUUAUUAUUGUACAUAGAUAUUCACAACUCUGAAGUAUAUGUGAUACGUUUUUGUUUUCAUUAAAAUUCAUAAAAUAUUUUUGUCUACAAGAUCGACGUUAGUGUUUAAAAGUUGAAUAUGAAUCACUAAUGAACUAUAAAAUAUCUCAAUAAAAUGCAUUUCUCGAU